CAGGUUGACUCCUGGCGUUCUUUAGCCUACUAGAACCGACAGAACUCCAGGAAGUGCCUGGCUCCGACGCGACUGUUGUCACAUAUAGCAUAGCUUGCCAAUACCGGGAAAAGACAGGAGAAACAACUUACAUAAGGAACUCGCUGCCAAUCAGAUUUAUUUUUACUACAAAACUAUAUUUGAUUCAACUAAACUUCCGCAUCACUGGAAGGCUCACUGGGACGUGGUGCGUAAAAGGACACUUCUCGCACCAGACAAUUGGAAUGAUAUGACCAUUGACCAUUUUUUUUUAGAUAUAUGAUAAUAUAGACUAUUUUAUUUGUUGACAAAGUCUGAGAAGAACGAAAAAGGGGAAAGAUGUUCCCUUUGCCUAUGUUUACCCCGGAACAAGUGGCUCGGGUGUGCGAGAACCUCGAGGAGACCGGCGACAUCGAGCGCCUGGGGCGGUUCUUAUGGUCCCUGCCUGACGCUGUCCCUGGCUCCGCCGGGGAGGCUCUCAACCGCCACGAGUCAGUGAUGCGCGCCCGGGCGCUGGUCGCCUUCCACGGAGGAAACUUCGAGGCGCUUUACCAGAUCCUCCAGAGCCACCGCUUUACACGCGAGUCUCACGCCAAACUCCAAGAUCUGUGGCUGGACGCGCAUUACCGCGAGGCAGAGCGGCUCCGGGGCCGUCCCCUGGGACCGGUGGAGAAGUACCGUAUCCGGAAGAAGUUCCCACUGCCUCGCACCAUCUGGGACGGCGAGCAGAAGACGCACUGCUUUAAGGUGAGACACCAAGCUGAGAGAACUCGUAGCCUGCUCAGGGAGUGGUACCUCCAGGACCCCUACCCAAACCCGUCCAGGAAACGGCACCUGGCCCAGGCCACGGGACUCACGCCCACACAGGUCGGCAACUGGUUCAAGAACCGACGCCAGAGAGACAGGGCCGCGUCGGCAAAGAACAGACUGCAGCAUGACCCCACCCACCUGCCUUCCGGAUGCUCCCCUGAGGGUUCUGUCCAGGAGCACCACGCCCACCAUCCCAGCCUGCUGGCUGCCUCCCCCUGUCACCCGGGCAGCCCCGAGGCCAGUGACUGCAGCACUGGCACCGACCCCCGGGGCACCGGAGCCUCCACCCCCCGACAUCUCCGUCAGCAGCGACAGCGAGUUUGAAUCCUGAGGUCGGGUCAUUGAGCGCAGCUGGAGAGAGGCUCUAAUUGGUUGAGGCCUGAAGAGAGAUGCUAUAAUUGGUUUUCAGCCAGGAAGCCCCGGCCCCACAGAUAUAGAGACAAUAUAGACACUGUAGAAGUACUAUCUGUCUGUGAGUUGGGAUUGAACACUUUGACAAAAGACUUGAUAUGGACACUUGAUGUGGUUGCUAGUGGAAGAAUUGGGAGGGGUGGGGGGUUGGGGAUUGGACCAUCCACAAACACAUGCACUUAAAAUGCACCAUCGCACAUGACUGUGAGGUACACGGUUAUUUACAGUGCCUUGCAAAAGUAUUCACCCCCCUUGGCGUUUUUCCUAUUUUGUUGCAUUACAACCUGUAAUUUAAAUUGAUUUUUAUUUGGAUUUCAUGUAAUGGACAUACACAAAAUAGUCCAAAUUGGUGAAGUGA